AUGCAAGACUUGAGGAUACAGGCCAUGGCACUGUGCAAGAGGCAUCAGAUGAGCUUCUCGGAAGUCAUGUCCGUCCUUGAGGCUUUGCAACACGCCCAUUCCGACAAGAGCGGCGUGGCGACGGAAAAGUUCAGGAAUUUCAUGCAACGGGCUCUGUAUGUCGAGCAUGUCAAUGACGAAUUGCUCCAGAGUGCUUAUCAGACCUGCGCAUCGCAGGGUUACAUUAACGUAGAUGAGUUCCUGAACUGGUGCAAGGCGCAUAUGUUCUCCGUCGUGGCGGGCUUGACUGCAGACUCAGAGCACACGACGUCCGUGCGACUUGUGCAGACAGUUGCGCAUCGCUGCGGCCUUCGGGUCUCGGAAGUUGAUAGAAUAUACGCGCAUUUCCAGAAAUUCGAUUUAGACAAGUCUGGCGAAAUUGAGUUUGUUGAGUUCGAAGCAAUGAUAAAAUCUCUUAUAGGUGUCAGCCAAACAACAGACCUCCCAAAGGAGCGUCUGCAGCGAUUUUGGAAGGAGAUGGAUACGGAUGGAAAUGGCAUCGUGGACUUUGGAGAAUUCGCGCAGUGGUAUAUCAAAUAUUUUCCAACAUCCACGAUGAUGGAGGAUUCCUCUGGAGGUGUUUUGGAGGCGUUCUAUGCAUCUUACUCGCCGGAUGUGCAGCGAAGUAACUGCCUCGAUGAGCAGUCUCAGGAG